AAACCCACAAAUGGAGGAAAGGUCCUGGGUGCCAUUGGAGAGGCCACCAAACACCUGGACAACCUGGAUACUGCUCUGUCCAAGCUGAGUGACCUGCAUGCUUACAACUUGAGAGUAGAUCCUGGAAACUUCAGGCUUCUGUCCCACACUAUCCAGGUGACUCUGGCUGCCCAUUUCCAGGCUGAAUUUGAUGCCACAGCCCAGGCUGCUUGGGACAAGUUCCUCGCUGCCAUUUCCACUGUUCUUACCUCCAAGUACAGAUAAAUGCAGACUGGUCCUUCAAAUGAAGCUAAAAUAAAAGAGAUAAAUAAAGUUUAUAAAAUACAUCUAAA